AUGGGGAAUAAAUCGUUAGGGCAACUGUUUAUGAUCAUCUUCUGCUACGUUGCUGUCAUCGAUUUCAAUUAUGCACAAGGGUCAUCCCCGCCGGUUGCUGAUUCGGGGUUUUUGCAUAUUGGAGUGAGGUUUCUGGUGGCCGGAUGUCUGUCGUUCAUCGCGGCGGCGAUUUCCAGCGCCGGAGGAAUCGGCGGCGGCGGGCUGUUCGUGCCGAUACUGACAAUCGUGGCGGGGUUGGACGUGAAGACGGCGUCGAGUUUUUCGGCUUUCAUGGUGACCGGAGGAGCGGUGGCUAAUGUCGCCAGCCACAUUAUCGUUAGAGGAUGUGGGUCGAAGAUCGAUUACGACAUCGCGCUGCUGUCGGAGCCGUCGAUGCUGUUGGGUGUGAGCUGCGGCGUGAUUCUGAACCUCGUCCUGCCGGAGUGGCUAAUCACCGGACUCUUCGUCGUCUUCAUCGCUUUCUGCACCUUCAAGACCUUCAAAUCAGGGAUUCUUUAUUGGCAGCUGGAAUCGCAGGUGAUGCAAGAAGAUUCCCAAAUCGAAAACGAAAAGCCCCUUCUUGAAGAGGAUCCUGAAGUGGAGAAUCAUCCAUGGAUGAUGAAGCUCGGUAUGCUGGUGGUCAUCUGGGUUUCCUUCUUCUUGCUCUAUCUUCUCCGAGGAGAUCGCCAUGGACGAGGUAUAAUUCAGAUUGAGGUUUGUGGGAAGGCAUACUGGAUGAUCUCAAUGAUGCAAAUCCCUCUUGCAGUCAUCUUCACUACAUGGAUUUUGUUUCAUGUUGCCACUCCUAAGGAUCAUACUUCAGCUGAACAGGACAAUGGAGGUCUACCUGGAAUUCGUCGCUCCGGCAAGCUUACUUUCCCGGUGAUGGCACUGUUAGCUGGAGGUCUCGGCGGAGUUUUUGGAAUUGGAGGUGGAAUGCUCAUAAGUCCACUUCUGCUCCAAAUCGGGAUCGAACCAGAGGUUACAGCCGCGACAUGCUCCUUCAUGGUGCUGUUCUCCUCGUCCAUGUCAGCGAUCCAGUACUUAUUGUUGGGGAUGCAACAUAUUCGCGGCGCAUUAGUAUUAUCAGCUGUUUGUUUUGUGGCUUCACUAGUAGGAUUAACGCUGGUGCAGCGCGCAAUUUUAAAAUACCGGAGGGCGUCGCUCAUUGUGUUCUCUGUCGGGACAGUGAUGGCUCUGAGUACUAUUCUUAUGACUACCUUUGGUGCCAUAGAAACAUGGAGGGAUUACACCAGUGGCCAGAGCAUGGGGUUCAACAAACCAUGCUAACAACAAUGGUGGACUUUCUUGUUAUGAUCUGAGGCCUUAAAUCACAAAUGUGAAUCUGAUAGCCAAGAAUUAGACAUUGCCUGUUAUGUGUUUAUAAAUAAAUGAAUGAUCCUAUCUCAUGCU